AAUGUGGUGAUAUGAAAAUAAAACGCCACGUCUAAAACAACGCACAAACUCAAAAUCCCCAAAUUGUAUUUUCUAGGGUUUCUAGCAAAUCAUGGCUAAGGAAGGCCACAUCGUGUCGGAGUUGAUGGAGUCAUACAUUGUUGUUGAUAAUGAAGGCCUUGCCGUUUACGAAUCACCGUCGCUGAAGCGAAAGGCUGCUUUUGACGAUAGUUCUGAUACUGACGAGGAGAAGAAAGACAAGAGCGAUGGUGAUGCUGCUGCUUCUGAAGGCGGCGAAGAUGUUGCUGCUUCUGAAGGCGGCGAAGAUGCUGCUGCUUUUGAAGGCGGCGAAGAUGCUGCUGCUUCUGAAGGCGGCGAAGAUGAUGGUGCUUCUGAGGGCACGGAGGAAGAAGAAAGGGAAAUGCAGGAGUAUCGGAGAAUUCUGGAGGAGUCUGAUGGUUUUGAUAUCGGAAAAGCUCCCACAAAGAAUUAUAUUGGUGGUAGAGCCGAGCUUGUUGUGAAAGAUUUGGAAGAUGCUCGUACCACGGACUGCAUUGAGGCUGUCAAUGUAGCAAUUGAGCUAGAGAACGAGGAGGGGGCAAAUUUGGAAUUUGUGGAGGUAAUCAAGGCAAAUUGGACAGGAUUUACUUAUUAUUGGGUAACCUUUACAGCUAGAAACAAGACUACUGGAAAGGUGGACACUUAUCAAUCGAAGAUCUAUAACAAUUUGGCUGAUGGCCAGAUUGAAGUCGAUUCAUUCAAUCUUAAACCAAGUAGAGAUAGUACAGCUAUCCAAGCUUAAUUGUAUUCAUCAAGAUGACAGAAGAUGCUUUUGAAUUAUGGACGUCAGACAGAUUUCUAUUUAGGUUGUAUAUAUACUUUUGCUGAUGACCAUAUCUAUGACUUCCAUAGGAGUUUAUUUGUGAUGUGUAUUCAGAUGGCAUAUCAUAGUUCUACAUUUUGCAAGACUUUGUGGAAGUUAUUAACUUUAUCCGAUUUGAACUUAUUAUCUAUAUUAAAUAUUUAUGUUUUAGACGA